AUGGCCAUCAUAGACGAUGACGCAUAUAACGAACAGCAUAAAAACACAGCAAGGCGUUUGAAAGAAAAGCCAAAGGAGGGUUCUGUCCCGCCUGAGGUGAUGGUGGUUCCGUCCCAUCGUGCAAUUUCCGUUACCUUCAUACUAGCCAAGGAGGGUUCUGUCCCCGCCUAA